AUGGCUUUAGUUCAGCUCACCGAAAACAGAGUUUCUUAUGUCAGAGAGUUGAAACCGUUUAAAGAUACACGGCGUAUUAAAUGGACAAGAAUUCAUGCUUCAGUUGGUGAACAACUCAUCAAAAAAAUUGAAGCCGAUCUAAUCGAGGGCAAUGCGAUGGUGGUCCAAUUAUUCAAAGUGCACGAUGUUAUUGGUGAUUAUCGGACAAGCUCACAUCCGUGCGAAAUUGAGUUCUUCUGCAUGACUUUUGUUGCAAAAGCUGAUGAUUUUCCAAGUGAAGUCCGGGAGAAGUAUUUGGCUAAUUACACUGAAAUUCUUGUUGGAAAGGCUGAUAACACCCGUUUGGUUGAUGUUAUUGGUCAAAUAGUUAACUUCGGUUCUCUUGAAAACAAAAUAAUAAAAGGAGAAGAUAACAUGAAGCUCUUGAUUGAGUUAUGUGACCAAAAGUAA